UCUACUAUAAAAACUACAUCUGAGAAUUUUAAAAAUAUCAGUCUUGUGUCUCUCCGGUUCUGCUAUGGCGCGAAAAUUGAUACUCGUCCUGUGGCUGGCCUUGCUCUGUAAGAGCUCCAACGCUAUUGUUAGCGAGUUGGCCCGCCAGGGCGAAAAUGCAGUUCAGGGCCUGGCAGCCAUUCACUUGGCACCUUUGCGCUAUCUAGACGUUCUGUUCGGCACCAACCAUGGGAUAGUUCCAUCUGGCUAUCCAACAGCCAUACAAGCGGCCAAAGCUGCUGCCAUUGGCGCUCAAAUUGGAGCCUAUCGUCCGUACAGUAGGAUCUCUGCUGGCGUAGGUCAAGGAAGUGAUUUGAUUACCAUUAUCAAGAACCCACGCUCCCCAUACAGUUACGGAAUUCCAGGGUACGAUUAUCCUACAUAUCUCAAGCCAUUUUAUCGGAAGGGCGUCCGUAUUGGAGCUGGUGGAGUUCUUAUUGGCGCUAAUGGACUACCUCUUGCACCCAACGGCCUACCUAUUGGUCCAGAUGGACUACCUAUUUCACCUUUCGGUCCAAACGGUCUACCCUUUGGACCAUUGGGUCCAAACGGUUAUCCUUAUCUGCCUUUCGGUCCAGUGCCUGGAGUGGUGCACAGCAUUAGUGGUCCUAGCAUUUCUGUGGAUAGAUCUAUCGGAAUUCAAGGGAGCAGUCCCUUGGGUGGAGCUGCCGUUACUCUCGACAAAUCUGUCGGGAUCAAUCGUGGCCGGAUCCAGACCCACCCAGUCACACCCGUUAAUGGUGGUUGGUUCGGGAACGGGGGCUUCCUUGGAACAGGACUCUUUGGCAGUAAGGGACUUUUAGGAACAGGAUUCUUAAGCAAUAACGGUUGGCACCUGGGCCCCUUUGGAUUCCUUAACCCAUUUGGAAUCCCAUUCCCAAACAUAUUCGCAAACCCAUUUGGAAACAUAUUUGGAACUUUGGGCAACAUGUUUGGAAUCACUACAUCAACUGGUGCGACUGCAGCGGCGGGCGGAGGCGUUGUAGCAAAAGCUGGAAGAAGAGGACAUCCAAUCGGCUUGGGACUACCAGGUGUCCAAGGAAGUAUCACUCUCGAUGUCGGCGGCUCAAUAGCUCCACCAACGGGAUUAUUGGGGCUGCUACACCCCUGGCUGAAUGUGUUCGGUUAGAAUAUUAUUCAUGCCGCAUCCACCACCGUAACGAACGAUUGUUCGUUGGAUAUUGGAUAUUGCAAAGAAAUGGAUCCGAUGGUUUAACGCAUAGGAUUAAUCUUUUAGUAUUAAGAAAUGACACGUGUAUGGGUUAAAUUAACAUUUGUCUUGGCCAAGCUUUGUAAUUGUAAUACCCAAUAAUAAAAUUAAGAAGCAUUCCAA